CUGGCUUACACUCAGUCGGUCUUGGAUCUCCAAACCAUAAGAACGUGCUCCUCAACUAAGUUUCCUAAAUGUAUUUUAAAUCAUUUUAGUAAAUAGUUAAUCGGUUUGAAUAUCAUUUAAAUAAUGCCUCGGUAUGGCGAUGGCUCUCCGUACCAAUUUGGUACGUCAUUUUCGAACCACAGUUCAUUGAUGACAACUACAGGUUUCGGGCGCAUACACGGUCCCUUGGUAUCACGGUAUUCACCACAUCUCUCUACGAUAUCUGAAUCUCCGCUGAAUCACCUGCGGCGUUAUUCACCGGUCGUUGCAGUGGCCUCAAGACCGAAAAAUGUAGACACAGCAGACAUAGAUGUCUCGACUCCCAGACAUUUAUCGCAUACCGAGGGUCAUGGACGAAAUAGGGUGCGAAGAGAUAGACCGACAGUUAGAAUCAGAUCCCAGGCUCUUAAAGACAACCCGGCGCUAAGAGAGUUGAAUGAAAAACAUGAGAAAACAGUCGGAGAACUCCUCGUGGAGAAAUUUUUGAUCAGAGAUAAAUCAGAAACGGAGCCUAUCAAAAUAAUUAAAGCUUAUCAUCAGCCUAGCUUGGAGAGGACAGUGAAUGAAGCGGUUCAGAAGAAGGUAACCCGGAGACUGACUCGCAGACGAUCUUCGUUAGAAAUACCAACGGAUUCGGAAAUAAUAGCCAGAGAAGUUAUAAUUGCUCAGGCGCAAGCAGUGGCUUUAGAUACUUUGGUGGAACAGGAACAGGCUCAGAUUAAAGUUGAUGCGAGAAAGGGUAGAUUGGUAAAAAGAAGCAUGUCUCGAGACUCAAUUUCUGUUCCAGUGCAGAAUUCGGAUAAUGAGCCGGAUGCUAUUGAGGAUUUGGAGCGUGCUGGCUCGGUAAAGAAGACGUUGAAGAAGAUAAAAAAAAAGAAAAAAACUCUAAACAGAAGUACGUCACAGAAUGAAGACUGUGACGAGCCUGGUAGUGGAACACGACAUAUUACACAAACUAAGUCGGACAGCAACUUAACACUACGAACUCAGUCAUCAGUGGAACUUGGCGAGGAGAGUUCGAGAAUUAGACCGCAGAAAUUUAAAAUAGAAGCUUCUAACAGUGUUGGUGAUUUUUCAACCCUAUGGAUAAAUGCAUCAUCCGCACCAACUAGUCCCGUAUCUACAGAACAGUAUCGGGAAUCAAUUAGGCUACCUGCGCCAAAAAGUAAUAAAAACACUUCAAUUGCUAAAGUCAUCAAAGAAUUGCAAUCGAAUGAAAAUGACGACGACUUAGUCGUUGUGGCAUUGCCUAAACAGUACGUCAAUGAUACAUCAAGGAACAGUGUCUGCCUUACUUUAAAAACUGUGGUAAAAGAACCGGCAGUAUCGAGAACUCGAAAAGUUGGCGUUACAGGAAUUGUGCCUGAUAAAUAUUCUCCUAUAGAAAUAUUAGAUAGUUCUAAACAUUCGAUAAAGGAAUCUGGUACAGCCGUCAACUCGGAAAUUGAACCUACGGGCAAGCACGAUAGGUCUACAGAUGUUGAAACGUCGGAAAUAAAUACAACAGGUCUAGUUGGUAGUGUUGGAAAUUCUUCUGACGUAAUUGAAAAAACAACCGCCAUUGUGGCUGAAGAUAUCAAAGACCGUUCGAAAGCUGCUAUAAAAAAACUUGAGAAUGCAUCUAAGACUCCUAAGACGCCAAUCAAGAAGUCAAAUUUUCAAUUCAACAACAUAGGCCUGAGGAAAGAAUCCCGGAACCACAGUAGCGAUUCAAUCUCAAUAGAGGAAACAUCAACUUCAACUAACACGAUCAACGAUGUGUCUCUGACGGAUAAAAUCUUAGAAAAAUCUUUAAAACAUACUGCAGAGCCGACAAAACCAAGCAAAGAAAUCGCCAAUGUUGGCACUGUUUCAGAAACAAAAGUGAUUAUAGAAAAGUUAGCACCUGCGCCGCCUAUUUUAGACCUUGAAAACAAAGCUGGUUCAGUUGCACCGAGUGCUCAGUUGCCUGAGGUCGAUUUUUGGGGAGAAAUUGAACCCGAACGUACUCCGAAUAAAUCCAAAUCAAAAUUAUCCUUGAAAGCGGAUGAACCAGUCAGUGUCGAUGAACCUGUUGCAUCUGCAGAAAAAAAGGUACCUAUAACUGCUGAAAAACCAUUAACAAUUGUUGCUGAUACUUCAAUUGAAAGAGAGACAGAUUCAAAUGAGAUUAGCAGAGUAAAAGAUACCUUGCAAACAGUCAGCGAAGAAAUUUCUGAAGAACAUAUCAAAGUAGAUGAUGAUGUUGUAUCGACAGGUGUAAAUACCAAUGUUGAAAGUAGUGUUUCAAUACCGUCAGAUGACAAGGUAUCAGAAAUAAAUAAAUGCUUGGAAGAAAACGGUUAUAUUAAGAAUCAGGAUACGAGCGAAUCUGAGAAGCUGGAAAACGCAGAUACUACCAACAUUGUAGAAAGCCAAGGUAAUCAAGAUAUAGAUGAGUUACCGACGCCUAUUUCUGCCAGUGAAGAAACAGCAGUAAAUUCUGCAUUCGACGCUCCUCUACCGACGAUAAACAUCGUGGCAGCUCCUGCUACGCCAGAAGUAAAUGUGGAAUCAACGCAUCAUGAAGGUUCCAGUACACCGACUAACGAAUGGCCCAAUGCAAAUUUAACAAUGGACAAAUGGGAGAGCCAGAAUAAUUUAUCAGAUUUUGGUGAGUUUGACAAAGAAACAACGCCCACACCACCUAGCGGUCCAGAUAUCAGCAUCAGUGCUCAAUCUUCGAAGAAGAAGAAAAUCAUUAAAAGAAAGAAAUCGACAGUUAAGAAAUCGGCAAGCGAAGAAAACGGAUUGGCUGAAGAAGCUGCUAAGCCAGUUUCAACAAAAUCGCCGAAACCAAGUCCGCAAAAUUCAGCGCAAAGUUCGGCGCUAAACUCGCCGCGUUCUUCUCCUAGAUCAAGUCCCAGAGAUAGUCCCAAACAGAGGCCCAUGGAUCUGAUUAGAAUGUUCUACACGACGCCAGGACCGUUAUUGACAGCUACACCGAGAGACUUGUCCAAAGUAAGAAGAGGAGGAAAACGUCGAAAACGUCCUGUGUCGGUAGCUUCUUCAGCUAGCGAUAGCACAGAAAGUGCAAGGAGUACUCAGAGCACUACAACAGAGAGCACCGAAGACACUAGUUCCACUUGUACCGAGGGUGGCGACGAGGCAAAAGAUGAUAAAAGACUAACAUCCAUGAAAAGCAAUGACUCUGGCUUCGAUGGAUCUCCAAGACUGACAAAUUGCGACAUGGCCUGUCAUAAGAAGUGCGAAAAGUUGACCGGAAACCUGUGUGGAUUGAAUCAAAAACUUGUUGCUGAAGCUUUGCAAGCUCUGAAAAGGGGUAAGUCAGCUUCCCCGUCACAAUCGUCGGACAGCCAGAAUUCAGAAAAGUCCAGCCGAUUUUCAAGCGGACGUAUCACACCACCAGCAACCAAUUUGCCAAGAUUUAAGAAGUAUUCAGUGACUGAUUUCAAUUUUCUUAAAGUUUUGGGUAAAGGGAGCUUUGGCAAGGUGUUGCUAGCAGAGCUGAGGGAUACCGAUUGCCUCUACGCCGUCAAGUGUCUGAAGAAGGAUGUUGUGCUGGAAGAUGACGACGUAGAAUGUACACUGAUCGAAAGAAAAGUACUGACUCUUGCGACAAGACAUCCGUAUCUCUGUCAUUUGUUCUGCACUUUUCAAACCGACUCCCAUCUGUUCUUUGUUAUGGAAUAUCUCAAUGGCGGUGAUCUGAUGUUUCACAUACAACGAUCUGGGAGAUUUCCCGAGCCCAGAGCGCGCUUCUAUGGCGCCGAGAUAUUGUCCGGUCUAACUUUUCUUCAUAAAAAAGGAAUCGUUUACAGAGACUUGAAAUUGGACAAUGUUCUACUAGACUUCGAUGGACAUAUCAGAAUUGCUGAUUUUGGCAUGUGUAAACUACAAAUAUACCUUGACCGAACCGCCGACACAUUUUGCGGCACUCCAGACUACAUGGCUCCAGAAAUAAUAAAAGGGCUGAAAUACAAUCAGGCAGUUGAUUGGUGGUCGUAUGGUGUUCUUCUGUACGAAAUGCUUACUGGGCAAUCACCAUUUUCGGGAUGCGAUGAAGACGAGUUGUUUUGGAGUAUUUGCAACGAGAGGCCGUUUAUACCGCGAUACUUGAGUCAAGAGGCGACUGAUUUAUUGGUUUGCCUGUUGGAGAAGGACGCAGGAAAACGAUUACCUGGGCAUGAGAUCAUAAUCCAUCCCUUCUUUCAGGGACUAUCCUGGGAUAGACUGGAGAGAAGACAGCUGGAGCCGCCCUUUAAACCAGCGCUUGAACACACCCUUGAUACCCGAUACUUUGAUGCAACAUUUACUGCCGAACGACCUCGCCUUAGCAUAGUACCGGAGCAAAUCCUCAUCUCGAUGGACCAGGGAGUCUUCAGAGGAUUUUCUUACACAAAUCCCAAUGCGACCGACUGAUGAAUACCAAUUUUACUAAUUACCUAGUGUCGAAUGAUUUACUGGUGUGAAAACCGAUAGCGGUUUUCAGGUUCAGCUUGAUAUCAAGCGCCGAAAGCUAAGCCAAGCUAGGCUUCUUCCGACGUUUAAAAUAGAUCUAUUUGACGUCGUUUCAGUUUUACGAUUGCGUCGUGACACACAGAUACACACAUACAUACACACACACACGCAGACAAAAACGUAUACAAGGAAGAAGAAAAAGAAAAAAGCACACGGAGAGAAAAAAAAAAAUAAACGAAGGAAAAAGAAUAAAUGAGAUAGGAUAUACCUGUCGGUGAGAAGGAAAGAAAUAGAAUUCACGGCUACGAUCUUUGUUUGCAUGAAAUAGAGAUUCGCCCGGCCCAUCUUCUAGUCACGCGAAAUAUUUAGCGCGUCGCAAAUAAGAGUUUUGCUUAUACGUAUUGUAUACCCUUACGUCUACAUGUAAAUUCGUCUCUUCGUCUUUUUGGGCUCACGUGGCCGUGGCUGUAAGUUAUUAAUACAUCAGAAGUAUCUUAUAUUAUUAUGGCCACGAUAGAUAAAGUUUUGAGUGUUUUCCCAGUGAAAAGACUCUCUUCUUCCUCCCUCUUCUGCCCGUUUGGCUUCGUACUCGCCGGGCUGUGCUAACUUUAGAUUUUCUGAGGAAGUAGCAAAUCGGCAGUAGUGCAGUUUUGCCUUCGUUAUGAUAGCUGAAACGGUUCUGUUCAGUGUCUUUAACACGAAUUCGAACGGAACUUGUUUCAUUCAAUCGUCGUUCUCUGGCGCCGAUUUUUAUUAUUGGAUCAUUGAUUUUUUCCCAUCGAUAAUCAAGAAGACCGUGCCAAUUCCCGUACUCACGUAACUUUAUCUAUACAGCACCAACAAUCUUGGCUCGGAGAAAGUAAAUAAUAUAAUUGCGUUUGUAAACGAAUACGAAUGUUAUGUUAGAGAAAUCGAUACGAUACCUGUGUAUACAUAUUUUUACAAUUUAAUUCGCAAAAUUUGAAGCAAUUAGUGAAACGUACUGUUAAAUAGUAGUACGUGUAGAUUUAAGGUAACACGUGUAUCAUGAAAAUUACCAAGAACGCGAAGCAACAAGACCAUAGAUUUUUCUACUGAUCUAUAUCGCAGCACGUUGGUAACGGGAUCAUGAGAAUAAUUCGAUUCACAGACGGCCGAUAUGAAAUAUGGUCAGAAUAAUGUUUCAAUCUUGAUGUGUCUACAUGCAUGUAUGUACUUGAAAGUCGGAUCUGACGAUAACGAGAAGUACAGACUUAUUUCACGCUACUGUACGAUUGCAGGGCGACUGCGGGGCGCCUGCAGGGCCGCAAAUGCAACCCGUAAUCCUGAGAGCGUAAAAGCGAGGGUGUUGUAUUAUAAAUAGAUUUUUCGUGUCUGCCUUUAGGUGCGGCCCUAUUGAUGCUAUUUUUGAACUCAUACCGAGUUGUUACACUCCUCUGCUCAGUUCUAAGGAGUUUUGCCUUGCAACAACGUUCUUGGAGCAAAGAUUCUCUUCAUUAUUUGAGACAAAUUUCAAAUUAAAUAAAACGGCGUGCGUGAUUUCGAGAACAAGAA